ACCCCAGCGUAAACUCAUCUCUCAGUUAAUUUCCCUCUUUGUAUAAAUAGGUUACGGUCAGGAUAGUCAGCAUUUGAAGUAGGUAAUGAAUGUGAAUACGCGCCUGUGGUUUGCUGUGACGCUGGAGGAGGGUGGUCCGUGCGUGGAGCGGAAUGGAAGCGCGUCCGAGAGGGGAGUAGGCGAGCUGGGAUAGGCUGGUAGUUCGGUCGGAGCACUCAUCGGGACGGGACGCAGCGCUGUAGGAGAGAGGAGAGCAGGAGAGAGGAAAAAGAACAACUAUUUUCGCUUCUACGUGGCCGAAUGCUGCGUCGGAACCGUCAAGUGGGGAUUACGCGCGCUUGUCGAAUCGCUUAAACCCGGGUGCGGAUGACCAAAACGCGCCACGACGUAAAGUUUCUUGGUGGGAUUUGAUUCGUCCCGACUACCCUUAGCUUCGCUGUGGAUACGAACCAAAGGAGGGGAACAUCAUGCCACGGCGCACGGUGCACGAAGUAACAGUGCAAGAUGUGCAGAAGAGAAGGACGCCGAGCAAGCACUACGUCUACAUUAUCAAAGUCUUGUGGAGCGAUGGCAGCACAGACACCAUUUACAGACGCUACAGCAAGUUCUUCGACCUCCAGAUGGAGUUGCUGGAUAAAUUCCCAGUGGAAGGAGGACAGAAAGACCCAAAGAGGAGAAUCAUUCCUUUUCUGCCAGGUAAGAUCUUGUUCAGGAGAAGUCAUAUCAGGGACGUGGCCAUGAAGAGGCUCAGACCCAUCAAUGAGUACUGCAGGGCUCUGAUCCAGCUGCCUGUCUACAUCUCUCAGUGCGAGGAGGUCCGAGUGUUCUUUGAGACCAGACCCGAGGACCUCAACCCCCCCAAAGAAUCUGCUGCAGUUACAAUAUCACUGCAGGGGGGUGGAGAUUCUACACCAGCGAAAAAUGAGGACCGCGACGUGACGAUCGUAGUUUUGCAAGGAUUCACGUGGUUUGGAGGGACGUACUCAAGGCAGGGGGCAGUUGUUGUCAAGGCAGCCACCCUAACUAUAAAGCGCUGCGGGAACCAAUUGGGAAAAAGAAAUCUGGUUGUUGAGAAAAAUGGCAGUGGCUGGUGGUACAUCCAGAUAGACGACAAAGAAGGCUGGGCUCCGGCUACUUUCAUCGACAAAUACAAGAAAACCAGUAAUGCGUUGAGACCCAACUUUCUCGCGCCUUUGCCCAACGAAAUGGAGCGUCUCACUAUGGAAGACAACAACCACGUCAACUCCACUACAGACGAUACCUGGUCUAAACCAUUACCUGAUGAGCCUACCACGUCCGAGUCUUUCAUUAGACCCAAACUGAGAGACUGGAAAACCAAUAAGGCUCCUGCUUUCGGAGGACCAUUACCACCAGCUCCUUCAGCGCCCCCAAGUGAGGAGAAACCAGCGCUGCCGCCUAGAAGAGAGUCCAUUCACAAGAGCUUGGAGUUGGAGGUGGCGGAGAAGACCAAAUCUGACAUGUCUAAACCUUUACCUCCAAAACCCCCUGCACCUGGCGUCAUCGUGCCACUAGUUGGCGCGAAGCAGCCUCCGUUCAAACCAGAGAAACCGGCGGAGCCAAAGAAGGAAGACAAAAGCAAAGCCCUUCACCUUCGGAACGAGAUGGGGCUGGAAUGCGGUCACAAAAUUUCCGCCAAAGAGGUCAAGAAGUUUAAUUUGAAACCAGUGCCCAAACAGCCUCCUAAACCUAGACAAGAUUCCCAAGAGGAGAAGCAGGAAAGCGCUCCACCUCCAGCAUUCAUGAAACCAAAACCAACAGUAAAACCUAAACCAGUCCCAGCCGCUAAACCUGAAUUACCAGCAGAAGAUAAACUGGAUAUCACCAAUCUACGAAGCAAGCUCAGACCAUCGAAAGCUUCCGAUCCAGGCUCGUCUUCGGAAAGCAACGGCGUAGCUAAGCCGAGUUCGCCCACUAGCUCUCCUCCGGUUCUUUUGAACAACAAGGCCAACGAUGAACCGCCGAAAUUCCCUCCUAAACACAUCAACGGUCACAGCCAGGACCGAACCUCCUCGCCUCCUCCGAAACCGGCAGUUCCCCCGCACAAAGAACCUCCCCAGAGACCUCCCGCCAUGCAACCCAAAAGACCCCCUCCUCCCAAGAAAUCCGACCCGGCGAGUCCCACCGAAUCCAAACCGGCGCCCGUUUUCAAGGAAGACGGCCCCAAGGUUCCCCAAAUGGGUCGACCGCCUCCUCCCAAACCUAAAGGAUUCGCCCAAAGCAAGGACGAACCCAAAGCGAACAAAGUACCCAUUCCACCGAAACCGCAAGUCAAAAGCGACAAGCCUGGACCGCCGAGCAAACUGCCGCCGUUGCUGAAGGAGCCGAGUAAGGAUGAACUGUACCUGGCCGUUGCGGACUUUGAAGGCGAUGAGCAGACGUCAGGGUUUAAAAUAGGUACGGUGUUUGAGGUACUGGAGAAGAAUAGCAGCGGGUGGUGGUUUUGUAAAAAUGUCGCAGAGGAGGUAGAGGGCUGGAUCCCCUCGAAUUACCUCAGCAAGAAACCUUAAGGAGUGGAUGUUGGGGGGUCAAAUCAUCGCAAUAAGAAAAGUACAAAGGUGGACAUCAACAAGUAUUUCUUUUUCAGUUGUUCAACUUAAAGGGAUAAAGAUUCAGUACGCUCAGAGUGAAAUAGUCUAGGCUGUUGUAGGAUUUAGGAAGAUAAACAAAAUCAACAAAAUCAACAUAAUCCCGGUUUAUAGGGUUUAAAUGCUUACUGUGCUUUCUGCAUCUAAUUAUAAAGUAUUUUUAUCGCCCACAAACCAGGAAAUAAGGUUGGUGCACUGUUUGCAUGCUAGUUAUUGUUAGCGUAAAUGGUUAUAAACGUCAAACGGUCAUACCAGCCGGAAAAACUCCACUUUGGUCUCUGAAAGUUGCAAAACAAGCCUAAUCUUUGUGAAUAAUUGAGAUACUAACGAUGUUUUAGGAAAGUGAGGAAUAACUUCGGAUGACUACAAAUAGUUUAAAAUGAAGUAGGUCUGCGUUUUUUCACUUUGUCAAGACCGUAAAAAUCAGGUACAGUGCCUUUAUAGGGGAUCGAUUUUUAGUUUUUAGGAAAAGCAUCUGGCUUAACUAACAAAAACUGCCAAAACUCGAUGUAGACCAGAAACUCAGAUGUUAUAAAAACAACAUUUCACUCGCGUGUUCUGAACUAAUGUAAUAUUAAUGGGAGAACUGACGUAGUCCUGUGUAGUAAUGCGUAUUUAUAGGUACUUUUUAUGUCGACAAGGAUGAUCUUAAUCAGAGUAUAGCAAUAACACUUCGCCUUGUCUAGUCCUAUGUUUACUUAUCUUAUAGUUGUUUUUUUUAGGAAACUUGCUUUUAUUGCAGUAAUAGUAGCAGCCGUUGUUCAAUCCAUGUAUAUGUAUUCCCCAUGCCUUCUAUUAUACCGUGCCUCAAUGUUAUAUGCAAAGUGCUUCGGUGCGUUCUGUAGUAGGUGUUGUCUGUGUCAGCGGCCAUUUUGCGUAGGGACAGUUUUAUAUGCCAAGUAAAAGAUGUUCAAAGUCACUUACAGAUCCCAAAGUACAGUCAUCUACCAUAGUUUUUUUAAUAGAGUAACGCUUCAUUUUGGCACCUCGUGGUUGGUUGGUGGAAUGUGAGGAUGUAAAUAGGCCUGUAACGAUAACAGAUUUUGCUGGACGAUUAAUUGAUCAAGAAAUUAUUGUGAUAAGCUAUAAUAUCGACAUUUUGGGACCAUUUUCUUUAAUAUAAUGACAAUGGAAUAAAAAUGCAAAUAUACAUUCUCAAAGAUCAAUACACUUUAUCUUGUAAAGAACAUUUAACACAGGAACUGCAAGACAACCAGGAACAAUAGGCCUAAAUAAAAUCGACUUGUUAACAUAAGAAUAUCCUGUGCUCUACUCAUCAGAGUUGGGGACUUGUAAGUCUGUAAGUCGUGACUUGGGCUCGAGACAGACGUGAGUCACUAUUUUUAGGAGACUUGACUUGAUAAAAUGGACUUGGGACUUGACUUGGACUUGCGCCCUGUGACUUGAGAAGACUUGAUGCUUAGACUAGUUGACAAAUUAACCGUUAUUAAACACUCUUGAAUCUUAACUCUUUCUAUUCUGACUGUAAUAAUUUGCUCUCCUGUCAAGACAUUUAAAAAGGAAAAAUGUACAAAAAAUUAUUUUCAUAUAUAAAUAUAUAAUGACUUUUUAAGUACAAUUUAGUUUAAAAUUCAUAUAAAUUGCAAAAAAUUAUGUAUCACGGCUGGAAAAGUUAUCAAGCUUGUAAAAAAUUAUUGUACAAUUAAUUGAUUUAUUGAUUAUCGUUACAGGCCUAGAUAAGCUUUGUCCUUAAAGUUGGUUAAUUAAUUGGCAAACUUCAGAUUUUUAAAGGAGAGAGAGUAAGUACUUUAGUUGGUUGCUGGUUCGAUUCCAGGACACAGUGUGUGUUUGGGUGGUGUUUUUGUAUUGGGUUGUGUUGGACGGUGUGAGAAGAAGGAAAAACAGGAAAGAAUUUUAAAGAGGGGGUAUUAUACGAAAUAAUUUUUUGAGCUUCUACCAGGUCAUAGCGAUGUUCCCUUAUCAAAACAUUAGAUGUAAUCCAUUUAUGUUCACGCAUGUUUGAGUAAUUCAGCGAUCUCUCCCGGGCCCUAUUUGAACUAUUCUGUGCAAAGCUCCGCCCUCAAGCCUACAUCAUCCAUGCUCCCACCAGACAACUCUCCGUAAAUAUACAAAAAACAUGAUACAAAACUAAACUCAGCAACUUCACUGCAAAAAGCUUGGCCAAAGUUUAAGAUAUAAACACUUAAAUCUAUCAGAAAAUGACUUAAAAGUAGUGAAAUGAUCUGUCCAUGCAGCAAGAUCAUUUCACUUGACAAGUUAUGGCAAAAGGAGAAAUUCAAUUUUAUUUUGUCCUAAACUGAAGAAGCUGCUUGGACGAGCUGCGGAACGUAUUCGACCAAAUAAACUUUUGUCCAGUUGGCAAAUUGAUUUUCUCCUUUUGCCAUUGGAUUCUACCUGGACGACAGAGGGAUUUUACACACAUUUGACAAGUUAUCUUAAAAUAAACAACCUCUAGACAAGAAUUAAACAGUCUCAGAACUAGCAAGUCGAUAAUAACUCUGAAAACAAGAUGAACAACCUGAUAUAACUUUUAAAAUCUUGGCCAGAUCAGAGAAAUUUGCAGCGUGUACGUGACAAAUACGACGUGCAGUAGUUUCGUUAGUGUUCUGAUAGCGCUCUGAAGGGGGAGCGACUUAGCGUAAGGAGCAAAAGCAGAGUGGACUGGCGUGGGGGACAAUAAAAGGUGAACAUGGUGAUCUCAAUAUGUUACGUUUUAGUCAAGUAAAAGUAAAAUACCUCCUCUUUAUGUUUUACAAAUACUGGUAGAGUCACUAUGGAUUAUUUGGCCAAUACAUUUCAGUUUUCUGUGCAUUUUUUUCAGUGGAUUCAGUUGUUUUAAUUAUCUCUUAAAGGCAAUAUAAAGAUACAAAAUAUGCAGCAGUUGUAAUAAAACAGAAAUUGGAGUUUGGGGGCCCCGAUGAGUUCAAACGACUUCGUACAAAACUAUAGAUUGCACAUGUUUUUGGUAGUUCACUUUACUAACUUAGAGCUACAAGAUGCCUUUGCCGAGUAGACACGCUUCUAUAUAUAACAUGUUAUUUUUGCCAUUUAUAUUUUUAUAUUAUUACUAAUGUAUCAGAUUUGCACUUGUAGGAGGACGGUGGAAGAAUGCCACAGUGCAUUUUUACAAUUAUUUUAAUCGUAUAUAUAGCCAUUUUUGUAUACCCUAAAUCUAAUAAUGUUGAAAAUGUAAUAUUCAGACUUGAACAAAAUGUAAAGACAAUGUAAAAUAUGUUUAUUGUCAUCAUAAAGCCCAACAAUUGGAAAAUGUGGCAUGCCUCGCUAGACCAGGUGUGGGAGAAUCACAUUGAAUGAAAAGUGCAAUGAUCAGCAGUAUUGUAAAGAGUGGUGCUUGGAUGACGUCUCUAUGUAAAGUAUAGUUUGACAGAAAAGCUUGACUGGUCUCAAGCUAAAAAAAUAUCAUCCAAAUAUUUUUAUUGUACAGUAACUAGAGUCCUAGCUUUUCAGUAAUGCUUCAUCUGUUUGACUUUGUUUUUCGAUGAAGGGAUUUCAGUGAAAAAGGGGCAAAGCUUUGUUCACUGCGAAACGUGAAUAUCGAGGUUAGAAUUACUUGGCUUUAGAAGAGUAAUAAAAAUGUAAGUCUUUUUUUUUUUCAGUGUGAGGCUUCAUUUCUUAUUUGAACUGGAAUGUUUUACUGGUUUCAAAACAUUUCUGACUGGAACAUUUUUCUAGAGAUAAGAAAGAAUGUGUUUAAAGAAGUAAAAUUUAAACAAACUAACUUGCCUCCUCGUCUCCAUGGAGAUGGUAUUGCUGUGCCCAGAAUAUUCCACAGAAUGGCAUUAAACGUAUCUAUCUUAUCUUAUGUGUGAGUCGUAAAACACAUGUAAAUUAUUAAAUGCAAGGUAGAAACAUUUUUGCCAUGCCACAGUGUUGGGAAGAAACUUUAAACAUGUGCUGAAAAUGCACAUUCUGAAUACAAUAUUUAUCAGACUGUAAGUAUAAGUCGCACCAGCCAAAAAAUGAAUUAAUGAAUGAAGAAUUAAAAAAACAUAUAUAAGUCGCCCCGGACUAUAAGUCGCACUUUUUGGGGAAAUGUAUUUUAUAAAAUUAGAGACCAGGAACCGACAUUUCAUCUUGAAAGGCAAGUUAUACUAAUAAAAAUAGAACCGAGAACAACAGACUGAAUAGGUGUUAAUAUGUUAAUGUAACAUAUGAACAGUUAUUCAGAAAAUUAUAGCAUAAACAACAUAACAUAAGUUUACCAAACUCACGAUCUGACUCCAAAUCACUAAAUCCAUUGAAUUCUUUAUCCUCUGUGUUACUUCUGCGUGACCUCCGGAGAUAAAACAUAGAUCCAUGAUGUAAACAGAGCGCCGCUUCCUCUUCUGUGUCGCUGUCGUCAGACUCAGCAUCAGUUCCAGUUAGAAUUAUUCCGGUCUUUCUGAAUCCCGACAGGAUGGUUUCGGUGUCACUGAACUUCAGGCUUUGUCGAUUCAUCCAGUGACUUCCAGGAAAGUUACAUCCUAUAAGUUGUAUAAGUUAUGAGCACACAUGAAAUUCUUACCUAGAACUUAUCCGACGUUAUGCCAGCGUAUUUUCCAAAUUUUCCAUACGUCAGCAUACGUUGGCUAAAUCGUCAAGGUUUAACAGCCCCAUAACCAUGAGCCUUCCCAUAAUAUCUCAAUAAAUAUCGUACCGUGAGGUUCAUACCGUGACAAUAUCGUAUUGUGAGACUUGGAUAUCGUUACACUCCUAGUAAUGAGUCUUAUUAUAUCAAUUUAUAUGUCCAACCGGGAUAUUGGCUGAACUGAUAUUUGGAAGUCGUUAUUCCAUCCAGCUAAUUUUUCAGUAUCGGCCCUGAUUUUUUAUCCCAGUAUUGAAUCGGUGCUUCCAUAAUUCUGAUACAGUUACUUUAUCAUUUGGCAGUAUUCAGAAUAUAGUUUCUUUUCGAGAAUCAAAGGAAUACUUGGCAGUACUUCAUCUGCAGUUUUGGGUUUGGACUCCACAGAAUUAAGUGAGAAAAUGUGAUUAAUUAGACAUAAAUGAAAGUAUAACAAACAGUACGACAAAAGUAAAACUGUCCAUGAUGUAAAAGUACUCUGAAUACAGUACUCUGAUCGAGCCAUGUACCUGAACAAAUUACAAAAUACAGUAUAUAGUAUUCUGUAAACAGGCAAUAUUUUCAAAGUAUUCUUCCCAUCAGUGUCUGUGGAACAUUUCAAGUCAAAGUAGCAGCAUCUCUACGGAGACAAGUGGACGCUUAGUUACUUCAUGCACCUUUCAUGAUUCAAGUAAUUCUAACUAUAAUACAGGUAUUCAGUUUUGCAGGGUUCGGUUUUUGUUUCAUUUUUCCGUCAUGUAUCCACUGCCAGUCUGUCCAAACACACACGGAACUCAAAGCGCUACACAAUCCGACAAGGCUGGGAGUGGUAACACUGAUAUUAACUUUAAAUACUGUUAACGUGUUCUGCUCUUAGUCGCUUUACUAAACCUUAUGACACUACACAUGUUACAAAAAUAAUAAAAACAACCAAAAAAGAGGAUUUAGCAAGUCUGUAAAAUGGCUUUUAUUUUGGCCAAAGACUGUUUCAAUGCAAGUUCAUUGUCAGAUAAUGUUAAGUUUCAGUAUUGUAUUGUUUUAAAUGUGCUUUUGCUUUAUACUUUCUUUCUUUGCAUCUUCUUUUUUUACUCGAGCCAAUAAACAAAGACAUUUUUUCCAACGUC